AUGAGGUGUGAAGACAAAAGGGGGGACUGGUCGCCCGACAUACAAAUGUUGUUACUGAGGACCUGUGGUGACAGAGAUUGUUGGAUGUGCAGAGGGAGACCUUGUACACCUAUUAAACAUGGUGGAAUGAGGGCAGCUCUAUUCGUAUUAGGGCUUCAAGCCUUUGAGAUGAUGGGAAUAGCUGCUGUAGGGAAUAACCUGAUAACAUACGUGUUCAACGAGAUGCAUUUUUCCUUGGCGAAAUCGGCAAACACUGUCACAAACUUUGUUGGUACCGUGUUUCUCCUCUCCCUCUUGGGUGGCUUCCUCUCUGAUUCUUAUCUGGGCAGCUUCCGGACGAUCCUCAUCUUCGGGUUCGUGGAGUUCACUGGACUCGUAUUACUUGCAAUUCAAGCCCACGUAGGGGAACUGAAGCCAGCCACGUGCAGCAUGGGGGUUGGAGUUGAAUGCGAGGAAGCCAAAGGGUACAAGGCGUGGAUAUUGUAUGGUGCCCUUUACCUGAUGGCCUUGGGGAGUGGGUGCUUAAAGCCCAAUAUCAUCUCUCUUGGAGCAAAACAGUUUGAUGCCAAGCAACCCAACAAGCUCUCGACUUUCUUCAACUGCGCAUAUUUCGCAUUCUGCACUGGGGAGCUUGUUGCCCUCACUCUCCUUGUGUGGAUCCAAACACAUUCUGGAAUGGAUCUCGGCUUUGGUGUUUCUGCUGCUGCCGUGCUCAUCGGCUUAUGCUUAUUCAUUUUUGGAUCCUUCUUUUACAGAAAUAGCUGGCCGAGUGGGAGUAUAUUCACUCCAAUUGCCCAGGUAGUUUUUGUAGCAGCGAUUUCCAAGAGAAAGCAGACAUGCCCAUCCGAUUCAGAGAUGCUUCACCACGACAACCAACUCAUGAACACAACAACCCUCGUUCACACUAGCAAAUUCAAGUUCCUAGAUAAGGCCUGUGUCAAAGUCCAAAACGGCAACGAGACGAGGAAGGAGAGGUCGUGGACUCUGUGCAGUGUGUCACAAGUGGAGCAAGUGAAGAUACUGUUAUCCUUAUUACCGAUAUUUUCCUGCACAAUCAUCUUCAACACUAUCUUGGCCCAGCUCCAGACAUUCUCAGUUCAACAGGGAACUUCAAUGGACACUCGUAUUGCUCAUGGCUUCAGUAUUCCACCAGCGUCCCUCCAGUCCAUACCUUACAUCAUGCUAGUCUUUGUGGUCCCACUUUACGAGGCUGUAUUUGUUCCCCUCGCGAGGCGGAUCACGCGCAAGGAACCCGGAAUAUCUCCUCUCCAGAGGAUCGGAACAGGACUCUUCAUCGCCACUUUCUCAAUGGUCACAGCAGCAUUGAUCGAGCACAAGCGCAGGAUAUCGGCCUCGAAGCUGUCCAUUCUGUGGAUAGCCCCUCAGUAUCUAAUUUUCGGCCUCUCGGAGAUGUUUACUGCAGUGGGGCUCAUCGAGUUUUUCUACAAGCAAUCCGUGCAAGGAAUGCAGUCUUUCCUAACAGCCAUGACUUACUGUUCUUAUUCGUUCGGGUUUUACCUGAGCUCCCUUUUGGUUUCUUUGGUGAACAGAGUUAGCUCGGGUGGAGGAAGACAUGGUUGGCUUGGGGAGAAUGACCUCAACAGGGACAGGUUGGACCUUUUCUACUGGUUGCUGGCUGCACUCAGCCUCAUCAACUUCUUCAAUUACCUCUUUUGGUCGAGUUGGUAUUCUUGCAAUCCGUCCCUGUCUCUCGAGAAGCAGCAAAGUCUAGUCACCAGUUGA